UAUUCUGGGGGUCUUCGCCGAUAUUUUAUUUGCGAAGUACAGAAAGGACGUGCCGGGGCUUACCCUUCGGUCUUCUCGCGAUUCAGAAAGAUGUUAGAGCCGUUCGCUUCCCAUUUCGGAUUCUGGAACAAGAUUUAAAAUGUCCACUGAGGCCCAAAGAGUUGACGACAGUCCGAGCACUAGCGGAGGGAGUUCCGAUGGAGACCAGCGGGAGGAACCAGAAAGAGAGCAGGCUCAGCCCAAGAAGAAGGAGGGCAAGAUAUCCAGCAAGACGGCGGCCAAGUUGUCGACCAGCGCUAAAAGAAUUCAGAAGGAGCUUGCAGAAAUUACGUUGGACCCUCCUCCCAACUGUAGUGCUGGACCCAAAGGAGACAACAUUUAUGAAUGGAGGUCAACUAUCUUGGGACCCCCAGGAUCUGUCUAUGAAGGAGGGGUGUUCUUUCUUGACAUUACCUUUUCACCAGACUAUCCGUUUAAGCCCCCUAAGGUUACCUUCCGCACGAGAAUCUAUCACUGUAAUAUUAACAGCCAAGGCGUGAUCUGCCUGGACAUCCUGAAAGACAACUGGAGCCCGGCCCUCACCAUCUCCAAAGUCCUCCUCUCCAUCUGCUCGCUCCUCACAGACUGCAACCCCGCCGACCCCCUGGUGGGCAGCAUCGCCACGCAGUACAUGACCAACAGGGCGGAGCACGACCGGAUGGCCAGACAGUGGACCAAGCGGUACGCCACCUAGGCGCCACCACGUGCACGCACACUCACCAAGUGCAUCGCAGCCCGCCCCGUCCUCGGCCGGCUCAGCCCCUUUCUAUGACAUCUGGACUGUUCCCUGCCGGUGUCGGCCAUCGCCCUCCCCGCCCCGCUGUCCCCUCCCUCCCCUCUCUUGUUUUAUUCCCAUUUAAAUUUCUGUUCACUUGAAAGACCUGGGAUUGCCCCCCAGCCCACCUCCACGUGGAUGGGAACUUUUGUUUUCAGUGCAAACCAUGUGGGACCUGCCAUGGUAAGAGCUUUCUCACAAGCUUCAUAUUACUGUGUGGUUUUGUUUCUCUGUCGUUUGUUUUCUUUCCAUUUUUUUUCUUUUUCCUUUUCCUUUACGUGACCUUUGGGGAAACACAAAUUCAGAAUUCUCUCUGGUUUCUACUUCCAUGUAGUGCUUCGGGUUCCUUUUUUUGUACUGAAGUCUUUAUUGGUGGGUGCAUGCUACUGGGAACAAGGUUUUGUACAAAAGCUUCGAUCAGAAUCACUGUGCAUUACUGAGACCCCGUCUAUCACGAGCCUUCUGUCCCCCACGCAGAAGACUGUUGGAUUGAACAAAAUAAUAUGUAUUUUGAUUUACUUCCAAGUGCUUGUAAAUUUCUUAGGGACCUGCCACUUUGGACUGUGGAUCAGUUGAUGUACACUUGUAUUAUUAAAGCACUCAAUAAAUCACUGUGGCUGAAAAUCGC